AUGACAAAUAUGAUGGAAGGCCCUCCAAUGCCAAGGCAAGCUCGAGGAUUAAUUAAUCUACAAUAUUCUCCCGUAUUUACCAUAGUAGGAAAUAAGUACCAUGAAUUUGGUACUAAAAGUACUUUAGAUCAUCUUGGUUAUAAACUCUGUAUUGAUAGCCUGGAGAAUUUAAGUUCCAAAGAAGACGCCGAAGAAGCACGUAUAGGGGAAGAACAAAACAUCGUCUGGUUGGAAUUGAACUGGCGGUGGCGGCGGAAUGAAAGUUGUGUCGGUAAUGAUCUUGAAGUCUUACAAGGCCUCCAACCUCAUCGGAAUCUUCAAAAAUUGGGAUUCUACGAAUACGCGAGUUUGAGUUUCCCCACAAGGAUGAUGGAUCUGAAUAAUUUACUUCCUAAUUUGGUAAGUGUCGUUUUGGAACAUUGCUCCAACUGUGAAGAACUUCCGCCACUUGGGUUACUUCCAUUUCUUAAGGUUCUUAAAUUAGAGGGAUUUCUGUCAUUGAAACGUAUUGGAAGAGAAUUCUUCAUUGGUAAUAGCACCAGUGAGUUGUUUUUCCCUUGUUUGGAAGAUCUCUCUAUACUUCAUAUGGAAAACUUAGAAGAACGGAAUGAACACAUUUCAAAAUCUUCAUCAUCACCACAUUCUUCUUCUAAUUCUUCUUCAGGUUUUCCUCUCCUUGAGAAGUUGAAGGUCAUAUCCUGCCCCGAGUUAAGGUCCAUGCAAACCCGAAUUUCACAUCUUAAAGAGCUGGAGAUUGAAUACUGUACUGACGAAGCAAUAAAUUCACUGGUAGAGAGCAAUAUAACGUCUCUUACAUCUGUUAGUAUUAGGGAGUGUGACAAGCUUGUGUUUCUUCCUUCGAAAAUGCUUGAGGGGAACUCUAUCCUUGAUUAUCUGGUGGUUGAUGAGUGUUCUAAUUAA